CAGCCCCCCCCCCCCCCCCCCCCCCCCCUCACCUCCACCUCUUUGAAGCAUGGCAGGCCUGCAGCUUGUCACCCCUGCCACUUCACCCAUGGGGCCUUUCUUUGGUCUGCCAUGGCAGCAGGAGGCCAUCCAUGACAACAUCUAUACACCGAGGAAAUAUCAGGUAGAGCUUCUGGAAGCAGCUAUUGAACAUAAUACUAUCGUCUGCUUGAAUACUGGCUCAGGGAAGACCUUUAUUGCAGUACUUCUAACAAAGGAGCUCUCCCACCAAAUCCGGGGACAUUACCAUGAAAAUGCAAAGAGGACUGUUUUCCUGGUGAACACAGCUCUGUCUGUAGUUCAGCAAGCAGCUGCAGUCAGGACUCACUCUGACCUCCAAGUGGGAGAGUACACAGAUGUGGAGGAGACCUCAUCAUGGACUGACCAACGGUGGAGUCAAGAGAUCACGGAGAAUCAGGUGCUGGUCAUGACUUGCCACAUAUUCCUGCAUGUUCUGAGGAAUAAAAUCUUACCUUUGUCUAAAAUCAACCUGGUGGUGUUUGAUGACUGUCACCUGGCCAUCACAGACCACCCUUACUGUGAGAUAAUGAAGCUGUUUGAGGGCUGCUCGUGCAGUCCCCGUGUCCUGGGUCUCACGGCCUCCAUCCUGAAUGGGAGGUGUGACCCGUCAGACCUGGAGCACAAGAUCCAGAAUCUGGAGAGGAUCCUGAAGAGCAAUGCUGAAACUGCCACUGACCUUGUGGUCCUGGACAGAUACGCCUCUCAGCCCAGAGAAGUGGUGCUGGACUGUGGCCCCUACGUGGAUAAGAGCGGCCUCUCUUCCUGUCUGCAGGCAGAGCUGAAUGAAGCGCUCCACUUCCUGAGUGACUGCAACAUAUGUGUUACCAGAGAGGACCGCGAUCCCACGUUCAUCUCCAAACAGAUCCUGGGGGACUGCCUGGCCGUGCUGCAGGUUCUGGGUCCCUGGUGUGCAGAUAAGGCCGCGGGCAUCAUGGUGCGGGAGCUCCAGAAGUACAUCAAACACGAGCAGGAGGAGCUCAGCCGCAAAUUUCUGCUCUUCACAGACACCAUCCUGCGCAAGGUGCACGCCCUCUGCGAGGAGCACUUCUCGCCCGCCUCGCUGGACCUCAAGUUCGUCACCCCCAAGGUCCUCCGGCUGCUCGAGAUCCUGCACGAGUACAAGCCCUUCGAGCGGCAGCAGUUUGAAAGCGUGGAGUGGUACAACAACCGCAACCAGGACAACUACGUGUCGUGGAGCGACUCAGAGGAUGAGGAUGAGGACGAGGAGGUGGAGGCCAAAGAGAGGCCUGAGACAAACUUUCCCUCGCCGUUCACCAACAUCCUGUGUGGCAUCAUCUUUGUGGAGAGGCGGUACACUGCUGUCGUCCUGAAUCGUCUGAUCAAAGAGGCGGGGAAGCAGGACCCGGAGCUGGCUUACAUCAGCAGCAACUUCAUCACCGGCCACAGCAUCGGCAAGAACCAGCUGCGGAACAAGCAGAUGGAGGUGGAGUUCAGGAAGCAAGAGGAGGUUCUCCGCAAAUUCCGGGCUCAUGAAACCAACUUGCUGAUCGCCACCAGCAUCGUGGAGGAAGGCGUGGAUAUCCCAAAGUGUAACCUGGUGGUGCGGUUCGACCUGCCCACAGAGUACAGGUCCUACGUCCAGUCUAAAGGCCGAGCCCGAGCACCGGUCUCCAACUACAUCAUGCUAGCGGACAGUGAGAGGACCAGAACCUUCGAAGACGAUCUCACCACCUACAAGGCCAUAGAGAAGAUCUUGAGGAACAAAUGCUCCAAGUCGGUGGAAGUGAGUGAGUUUGAAGUGGAGCAGGUGCUGGACGACGACAACAUCCUCCCACCCUACGUGCUCCACUCUGAGGAUGGAGGUCCGCGGGUCACCAUCAACACAGCCAUCGGACACAUUAACAGGUACUGUGCCCGGCUGCCCAGUGACCCAUUCACCCACUUGGCACCCAAGUGUAAAACUGCUGAGAGGCAGGACGAACGCUUCCAGUCCACACUCUACCUACCCAUCAACUCCCCUCUGCGAGUCCCUGUUAAGGGUCCGACAAUGAUCUGUGCCAGACUGGCAGAGAAAGCAGUCGCACUACUAUGUUGCGAGAAACUACACAAAAUAGGUGAGCUGGAUGAUCACCUGAUGCCGGUGGGUAAGGAGACGGUGAAGUAUGAGGAGGAGCUGGACCUCCACGAUGAGGAGGAGACCAGCGUACCAGGCCGGCCCGGCUCCACCAAGAGGAGACAGUGCUACCCUAAAGCCAUACCAGAGUGUCUACGGGACAGUUACGCUGUACCAGAGCAGACUUACUACCUAUAUGUGAUCGGGAUGGUCCUCACCACCCCUCUCCCUGAUGAACUCAACUUCCGCAGGAGGAAGCUCUACCCACCGGAGGACACCACCAGGUGCUUCGGCAUCCUGACUGCCAAACCCAUACCUCGAAUCCCCCAUUUUCCGGUGUACACCCGCUCGGGCGAGGUGACCAUCUCCAUCGAGCUGCAGAAGUCUGGCUUUGCGCUCACCACCGUUCAGCUCGACCUCAUCACCCGCCUGCACCAGUACAUCUUCUCCCACAUCCUCCGCCUGGAGAAGCCGGCGCUGGAGUUCAAGCCCACACUGUCUGACUCGGCUUACUGCGUUCUACCUCUGAAUGUCGUUGGGGACUCCCACACUCUAGAUAUGGACUUUAUGUUCAUGGAGGACAUUGAGAAGUCUGAGGCCCGCACUGGCAUUCCUACCACUCAGUACACCAAGCAGAACCCCUUCACCUUCAAGCUGGAGGACUACCAGGAUGCUGUUAUCAUUCCAAGGUAUCGUAACUUUGACCAGCCUCACCGCUUCUACGUUGCCGAUGUGUACACAGACCUGACGCCGCUCAGUAAGUUUCCUUCGCCAGAGUACGAGACGUUUGCCGAGUACUACAAAACCAAGUACAACCUGGACCUGUCCAACCUGAACCAGCCGCUUCUGGACGUAGACCACACCUCCUCCAGACUGAACCUGUUAACCCCUCGGCACCUGAACCAGAAGGGCAAAGCCCUGCCCCUCAGCAGUGCAGAGAAGAGGAAGGCCAAGUGGGAGAGUCUGCAGAACAAACAGAUCCUGGUUCCAGAGCUGUGUGCCAUCCACCCCAUCCCCGCCUCCCUGUGGAGGAAAGCAGUGUGUCUGCCCAGCAUCCUCUACCGCCUCCACUGCCUUCUGACCGCCGAGGAGCUCCGAGCCCAGACAGCCAGUGAAGCCGGAGUGGGAGCCCGGACCCUGCCCCCUGACUUCAGGUACCCAAACCUGGACUUUGGCUGGAAGAGAUCCAUCAACAGCAAAACGUUCAUCUCCUGUCCUGACUCCGGCAGUGAGGACGACGAGGGUCACUGUACGCACCAAGAGACUGAGAGCCCUGACCCCGAUCCCCUCACUCAGCCCAGUAGUCACCCCUCUUCCCAGCCCGAGCAGGGGCCCCAAGCAGCCCCCGAGCCCGGAGCAGCCACAUGCACGAGGAACCUAACCAACGGCACUGCCCUAUUCGCCGACUGUGAUGACGACGGCCACCACGACGAGCACCUUCACCAACAUGACAAUUGCCAACGCUCCCAGCCCCGCUCCCCUGGGCUGCAGAGUCCUGAAUCAAUGCAAACCACUACCUCAGUUCCCGUGCAGCCCUCUCACGGCUCGAAGAAGCCCAGCUCCAGUCCUCCGCAGCCUAGUGAUGAAUGUACACCGGGGAGGACCUCACACCACGCAUAUAAAGCUACCUCAGUCUGCAGCCAGGCGGCCACGGGUCCAGACGCCUCCAUAGCACCUACUCCUGAUCCGACCGCUGUCCCCCAGCUCGAAGCCCAGACCGGAGACUCCCCCAAGAGCCUGGGGCCCAACCCGGGCCUCAUCCUGCAGGCCUUGACCCUAUCCAACGCCAGCGACGGCUUCAACCUGGAGCGGCUGGAGAUGCUCGGAGACUCUUUCCUCAAGCACGCCAUCACCACGUACCUGUUCUGCACCUACCCCGAUGCUCACGAGGGGCGGCUUAGCUACAUGCGCAGCAAGAAGGUGAGUAACUGUAACCUGUACCGUCUGGGGAAGAAGAAGGGGCUCCCCAGCAGGAUGGUGGUGUCCAUCUUCGACCCCCCCGUGAACUGGCUGCCUCCUGGCUACGUGGUCAACCAGGACAAGAGCAGCACAGACAAACUGGACUCGGAGGAGGCCAAAGAGGAGCUUCUGGGCAAUGGGCAGCCUGAAAAUGAUGAUGAUGAGGACGAUGAGGAAGGCGAGGAAGGCGAGGAGGUGGACGAGGAUAGUGAGCUGAUGCUGAAGGACGAGCCAAAGGACGAAGUCAACAUGGAGGACGAUCUGGAGUACUACAAGGAGCACAUCAAGUUCAUCGACAACAUGCUGUUGGGAUCUGGUGCGUUCGGUAAGAAGAUCUCGCUGAGUGGCUUCCCUCCCCCUCUCGCCCCGACCUCAAGCUCCUCCCCCGCCACGGAGUCUCCGUACGAGUGGAAGCCCCCCAAGAAGCCCCACCACACCACCGCAGCCCACUACCCCUCGGAGCCGGCGCCCAGCGCGCCCACCGCAGAGGAGUUCGACUACAGCUCGUGGGACGCCAUGUGCUACCUGGACCCCAGUAAGGCCGGGGAGGAGGACGACUUCGUGGUGGGCUUUUGGAACCCGUCUGAGGAGAACUGCGGCGCAGAGCUCGGCAAGCAGUCGAUCUCCUACGACCUGCACACGGAGCAGUGCAUCGCCGACAAGAGCAUUGCUGACUGUGUGGAGGCUCUGCUGGGCUGCUACUUGACCAGCUGUGGAGAGAGAGCAGCCCAGAUGUUCCUCUGCUCACUAGGCCUCAAGGUGUUACCGUUGGAGAGAGGGACCCAGACUGGAACAGUGGGGCAGAGCUGUCAGAUCACCGCCAUCGACCUGUGCUACGGCUGGCUGAAGAUCCCGCCCCGAUGCCUGCUGGACCAUCCAGAUGCAGAGCGAACUCUCAACCACCUCAUCUCCGGCUUCGAGAACUUCGAAAGAAAGAUCAACUACACCUUUCAGAACAAGGCUUACCUUCUGCAAGCCUUCACCCACGCUUCCUACCAUUACAACACCAUCACAGACUGUUACCAGCGGCUGGAGUUCCUUGGCGAUGCAAUUCUAGACUACCUCAUAACAAAGCACCUUUAUGAAGAUCCGCGGCAGCACUCUCCAGGCGUGCUGACUGACCUGCGCUCAGCACUCGUCAACAACACCAUCUUUGCCUCUCUGGCCGUCAAGUACGACUACCACAAGUACUUCAAGGCCAUCUCGCCGGAGCUCUUCCACGUCAUCGACGACUUCGUGCAGUUUCAGCUGGAGAAGAACGAGAUGCAAGGCAUGGACUCCGAGCUGCGUCGCUCUGAAGAAGAUGAGGAGAAGGAGGAGGACAUCGAGGUCCCCAAGGCCAUGGGGGACAUCUUUGAGUCCCUAGCCGGAGCAAUUUACAUGGACAGCAGGAUGUCACUGGAGACGGUGUGGCAAGUGUAUUAUCCAAUGAUGAGGCCACUUAUAGAAAAAUUCUCUGCCAAUGUGCCACGCUCUCCUGUGAGGGAGCUGCUGGAGAUGGAACCAGAAACUGCCAAGUUCAGGUAGGAGACCAGCACCUAUGACACCUAUUACAUUUAUCAUAUGGAAUAUGUUAUGGAACAUAUUCAUUGUAGCUAUGCACAGAUGAAAGGAUAGGGGUUAAUGACUGUUUAACACCUAAUUGUUAAUGUAACUUGUGGCGUUAUGAAUUUCAGUACAGUUUGAAUGUUUCAUGAAGUUCAAGUACAACAAACCUAUUUUGUAAAAAAAAAAAAGAAACGCAUUUAACUUAUCAAAGCUGCUGUUCACUUAAAGACAA